AUGGGAGAUAAUUCAGGGGCUUGGGGUGGGGAAGAAAUGUGGGAGGUGGAGAAGAAAUGCGUCAAAUUUGGUGAGAUGUCUGAUGUCUCUUGUAGCGGUCCAUAUUUCUUUCAUGAUAAUUUCUAUUUAGAUCGAAUGCAAUCGCCUCAAGAACUUGAAUCAACCGAAAUUGAAUCAAGGGAAAACACAUCAAGAAUGGAAAGUACCCCUGAAGUGGUUGUUAUCGGAUCGAAUGAUGGAGACGACGUUGCAGCAGCCGUUGAUGGUGUUUGUGAGUGCAUCCAAUUUGGUGAGGAGAUAAAGAAACUUAAAGAUGGAACCACCACAUCAUUGCAUAGGCAUAUUAGUGAUUGCCCAAAGUUAAGAGUCGUCAACACCAUUCAUCCAGAUUCUGAUUUCAAGCUUAACAAAUGCAUAYUGAGUUUUAUUGAUGUACCACCACCUUAUUCUGGACUAUGUAUAUAUGAUUCCCUCUUUAAGUGUUUAAAAGAGUGGAAUAUUGAGACAAAGGUUGCUACUUUGAUGAUUGACAAUGUUACAACUAAUGAUGUGGUGGCUACAAAGUUGAUGGAAAUUAUGAAUCUUCAGAAAAAGCUUGUUGUUGGGGGAAGUUAUUCCAUGUGCGGUCAAUUGCAUAUAUUUAGCGAACUUUCCAAGCAAAUGACCUUAUCAAAGAAGCAUUUGAUCUUAGAUGUUAGUACCCGAUGGAAUGCUACGUAUGUUAUGUUGUCUACGGCCUUGGAGUUUACAGAAGUGUUUGUGAAUUAUGUCGAUCAAGAAUCAACAUACAAGACCUUGCCGACCUCGGAAGAUUGGGACAAAGUUGAAGUUAUAUGCUCCUUCUUGGGGCUUUUCAAUGAGGUUACAAAAAUAAUUUCAGGCUCCGAAUAUCCUACCUCUAAUUUGUUUCUUAGUGAGUUGUAUGGGAUUAAAGAAGCAUUAGAUGAUUUAUCUUUAGAUGAGAGUAAAUACAUGAGAGAUAUGGCUCUUAAGAUGAAAAAGAUAUUUGACAAAUAUUCGGGUACUUGUAAUAUGUUGAUUUCCAUUGGUGCUGUUUUAGAUCCUAGAUACAACAUGAAGUUGGUUGAGUUCUCUUUUAGUUCCAUUUAUUCAACGGAUGAGGCACCUAAACAAAUGAAAAUUGUUCAAGAUACUCUUACUAAAAUGUUUGAAGAGUAUGUUGAACAACAUAAAGCAGCUAAUGUUGUUCAAAUAAGUAGUGCACCUAACAAGAGUGAAAGUCGAGUUAAGAGUGGUUAUAUCAAGUUAAGUUUUAGAGUUGGUAUCUAG